ACUGGGCCGGGCCGCACCGCCCCAUCCCGCCCCGCCACGGGUGUAACCGGGCCGCACAGCUCCUUCCUGCCGCUCGCUCGCUCCCCACGCCAAAAUGCCGCUUAUCAGCGUCCCCAAAGAAGUGGCUGUCGGGACGGCGAUGCUGGGGGUCGCCUUUGCCACGGGUGUGCUCGCAGGUAAAAGAUACCCUUCUUUCAUUUUUGGGACCCCGAGUGGUAUGAUUAGGAAAAACAGUCCUCUCCGGAAAUACAUACUGGAUCACUCCUUGCGGGAACAUCCAAUUCUAAAGAAGCUGCGUCUGCUCACUGCUGAACAUCCCUGGGGCAGAAUGAUGGUGUCCUGUGAGCAGGCUCAGCUUAUGGCAAAUUUGGUCAAACUCAUUAAAGCCAAGAAAGUUAUUGAAAUAGGUGUUUUCACAGGUUAUAAUGCCUUGAAUAUGGCACUUGUCCUGCCAGAUAAUGGCCAAGUUAUUGCCUGUGAUAUAAAUGAGGACUAUGCCAAAAUUGGAAGGCCACUGUGGAGGGAGGCAGGAGUAGAGCAUAAAAUUGACCUGCGGAUUAAGCCAGCAAUUCAAACACUUGAUGAACUGUUGGCCAAUGGAGAAGCGGAAACCUUUGACUUUGCUUUCAUUGAUGCCGAUAAAGAAAACUACAAUGAGUACUAUGAAAAAUGCUUGCACCUUAUAAAGAAAGGGGGAAUAAUAGCUAUUGAUAAUGUCUUUUGGAAUGGAAAGGUGCUAAAACCAAGGAAGGAUGACUUGGCAGCGCAGAGUAUCCACCACCUCAAUGAGAAGCUUCUCAGAGAUGCGCGUGUCAAUAUCAGCAUGCUCCCAGUGGGGGAUGGAGUCACAUUAGCAUUCAAAUUGUAACUCAAGGAAGCCCAGCAGAUGGGAAAUAGCAAGCAGCAUCAAAUCAUCAGGAAAAAUGUAGGUGGAACAGCAUCAAAAAUUUAAUUUAACCUAUAUCUCCACUGGAUAUCAUAGCCUGGGAAAGUAAACUUUAGGAACAGCAGGAUCCUAAAGGCAGCUAAGCAGAGAAGAGAGAUUUAUUGAGAUCUACUAUGGUUUCUUACUUUAAUUGUAAUAAAGGAAAUAAACUUACAUUAAAUUGUCCUUGUAA